GAAACAGAAGCUGGUUCCCUGUCAUCUGAUUGUUUCUAUUCACUUAUCUUUAUUACUCAGUUUGAUAUUCAAUCACAUUCUGUCUAUAAAUUCAUUGUGGUCCUCAUGCCUGGGACAAUGAAUUAAGCUGAUUAAUCUGUAAUUGCUCACGCGUCAUACCUUAACAACUAUUCUGUGGGCGACGUGUGUCUUUUUUUAACUUUAUUGCACCCACACAAUGCUCAUGUGGAAAGGAAAGCAGCGUCUGAUGCAAAUUAUGUGUAAGGGUGUGUGUUUUUGUUUUUUGCACGUUUAUUGCUCCCUGGUGGAAACUAGCUCAAGUUCAAAAGAGGAAAAGGAGAUAAUGCCCGUUUGUUGUUUGCCUUUCAUGUGGUUUGCAGUUGAAAGGUCGUGAAUGUUCGACAAAAUAUUUCUGGUUACAUUGCAACGCCGGCAAAUUUUAGUGCUCUGAAUAUUCAAGCAUAAUGAAGUUUGCUUUGGUUUGGUUACAUAUUCACAACUAAGUCAGCGUAGCAGUUCUGUCCUACAGUUGUGUACUGGAUCCGUCACGCUACAUUUCGUUGAACCUCCAGUUCCAUUUGUUCCCUGGAGUUAGAUAAUCUGCCGGCUCCACCCACUAAUGAGCUUCCAGAACAAUUUGGGAUUUGGGAUAAAAUCAGAUUCAGAGAUCUGAGGGAGUUUUUCCCCCUUCCUUUUCUGCUUCAUAUGUCUGCAUGUCCAGUCUUUCUGCACUGGCUGUCACAUGGUAGGCUUGGAACAGCAAACUCUGCUGGAAAUCUGUGACCCUCAGCACGAUCAAGAGCACAGUAGGGGAUUGUGCAUUCCCCGGGAAACGUGUUGUUUCCUUCCUUUCCUGCCCUGGCUUUGUCUGGUCCAGGGUCAAGGUUUUGACUGGAGGCAUCGCACUAAUCGGACAGGCUUUAUUAGUCGUCUGGUGCGCGCUGCACCUCCUCAGUGUUAUGUGGAUCUUAUUUGGGAUGUUGUCUCCACUACCAGCAUGUCCAGUGAGAGCAUGUCAGUGAGGGGCAUUAGGAGGCAGAUGGUUAAGAGAAAUAUGACUGCUGUGCCGAUUUCCUGGCCCGUCCCGAUGAGGGCUAUAGGAGCUCAGAAUCUUCUGACCAUGCCUGGAGGUGUUCCCAUUUCAGGGUAUCUACAUAAAAAGGGGGGAAGCCAGUUCAGCCUGAUGAAAUGGCCUCUUCGCUACAUUAUAAUCCACAAAGGCUGCGUGUACUAUUUCAAGACCAGUACGUCUGCCACACCACAGGGAGCGUUUUCCCUCAACGGCUACAACAGGGUCAUGAGAGCGACGGAGGAGACCACAUCUAGCAAUGUUUUUCCUUUUAAGAUCGUGCAUUUCAGUAAGAGGCACCGCACGUGGUAUUUUUCAGCAGCCAGUGAGGAUGAGAGAAGGAAAUGGAUGCGCUAUCUGAGGAAAGAGAUCAGCCACUAUAAUGACAAGAAGGACUGCCUGGACCCAGGUGACUCUGACUCUGAUGAAAGUUUCUAUGGUCCAAUUGAGAGCCCAAUGGAGCUCACCAAUGCCCCAGAUGACCAUGAUGGAGAUGAUGUGGAACAAAAUGAUGAAAGCGAUGAUGACGACUAUCUUAUGCCUGAUGGACCAGCAGGUCAGCCCAAAGCACCGCCUCCGUCUUACCCUCCUCCACCUGUACCCUACCAUCCCAAAGGCCCUCCACCACCACUACCCCAUCCACCCAAUAAGCCACCGAUCCCCAUCCAGAAGAAACCAACCAUUCCUGUCCCAAGCCCACUGAAUCUCUCCGAAACUACGAAAAAUGGCCCUCCUCCUGUGCUAUCUGCUCCUCCUCUUCCUCCACUACAGAAACCAGUCUUUAACAGAAUGACAGUUGUGCCAGCUACAUUCCCCACGUGCCAGAAAAAGACUGUAGGUGGAAGUGUGUCCAUUUCCACUUUCCCAGGAUAUGAGCGGAAGCCUUCUCCAACCAUGGUCAUUAAAAACCCAUCCACUGUCAAUAUCUGUGAAGACCUGGAAAAUAAACUGGUUUUGAACCCUCGUGACAGAUCUAAUACACACAAUGUGAUCAAUUCACCUGGAGACAGAAAACUCCCACCGCUGGUCUGCAAACCUCCACCCAAGGGUCCACCACCAGGGAUGAAGCCCAAACACAUUCAGAUAUCUUUACAAUCAUCGCCUGAUGGUCAAAGUUUUCGGUCCUCUGUGGAAGAGAAGCCCUUGAAAAAGAACGUCGUGUCAAACAGCGAUGAAGACUCUGACGAUAACGACUAUGAAAAUGUACAGUUGCCUGACUCCGUAUUUGUUGACACAACCGAGACCAGUGCUGUGGAAAAGUUAUUUAAAGACACGAGUGGCUCACCACCGGAUGGCCUUUACUGCAUCCGAAACUCAGGAACAAAGACCUCAAAGGUGCUGGUUGUGUGGGAUGUGAGUCUGAACAAGGCGAGAAAUUACCGUGUGUUUGAGGAGGAUGAAAUCGUUUACCUGGAGGCAGGCUUGCACUUCCCUUCUGUAGCAGCUCUGGUGGAAUAUUACCACAGCCACCCGCUGCCCAACCACGGCUCUCUGUGCUUACAGCAGCCCUUCGGCUACACACCACCCAGGUGACACCGUCCUCCGUUGAUAUCAUGGACUGAUAUUUUCAGAUCCUCAUAUCCUCAUAUCUCUAGACUCCUGGAUCCAGGCCUGUUCCCCCUGCUGGCUAUAGCAGCUCACUACAGCUGAUCAUGUGCAUCAGCCAUAAGGACAAGUAAGGCUUGCCAGUGAGAUCGCAAAAUACGGACACAUCAGGACACAAACUGCCUUCGGAUUAAAUGGAUUUAACCGUUGUGGAGCUCUAUCUCAGCUGGAAUGGACGCUCAGUUGCAUGUGAUUCCAAACUGCUGGUGGUUAUAUAACUAUUUAUACAUGUGCAUGUCUGUUCAUAUUUGAUCUUGGUGAGAUGUCACGUAGUUUUGGUUCUUAAAGGUCUCAUCUCUGAAUAACCAUUGAUAUGUGUCAUAUUCUCCAGGUCAAAUGACUACAUUUCUUGAUGUUAGAAUGUAUUGUAAAAUAUAAUUUAGGGUUACUGCCUUUCGCCCUAUGUGUGCUGGGAUAGGCUCCAGCAGACCCCCAUGACCCUAGGAGUCCUAGGAAUAAGCGGGUAUAGACAAUGAAUGAAUGAAUGAAUUUAGGGUUAUUAUAUACUGAAUAGAGCGUUAUCACCCAGUAUGUCUAUAUUUCAGUGUAAAUUCUGUUAGCAUUAUCAUUUCUGUACAAUAUUCUAUGCUAUACCUGUAUUUUAUUAUUUGUGGAAAAUGCACAUAUGUAAUUUAAACAACUAUUUGUACCAUUGUUAAGUUAUAUUUUCUACCUGAUAAAGCAUGAGUGCGAUACGAAAUAAAGAAUUACGAAACACAAGUGCAAAUGUUU